UCGUUCGCGUAGUGGGCAGACGUCGUCUAUCAGCUCAGGAAGUAAAGCGAAUUAAAGUUAAAAUCUCGUAAAAUUUUAGCAACUUUGACAACAAUUGUCUGAUAUCGAAAAAUGAGCCGCAAAAGGCAUCUUGACGAUGGGCCAGGCCCGAUUCCUCAACGGUGGCUACACUGUCCUCGAAAAGCCUUUUCUACAGUUGGAGGAACAUUUUUAGCAUUCAAAACUCCACUUGAUGCAAGAUACGAAAAUCAAGUCGACGAUGAAUAUACUUUUCACCCUGAAAUGGUAUUUUCAUCAGUCAAGAAUAUGAAGAUGAAAAUUGGGCUCUGGAUCGAUCUUACUAAUACCAGCCGGUUCUACGACAAGAAUGUAGUAGAAAAAAAUUCAUGUAAAUAUGUGAAACUCAAAUGCAAAGGACAUGGUGAAACUCCCAACCCUGAAACUGUGGACCUCUUCAUCAAGCAAUGCACGGAAUUCAUUUCUCAAAAUCCUUUAGAAAUUAUUGGAGUCCACUGUACCCACGGCUUCAACAGAACUGGCUUUCUCAUUGUUUCAUACUUGGUACAGGCCAUGGACUGGUCAGUAGAAGCUGCGGUCAAUGAAUUUUCUAAAGCAAGACCCCCUGGAAUCUACAAGGAGGACUAUAUACGACAACUAUUCACUCUCUAUGGUGACAUAGAUGACACCACACCUGCUCCUGCCUUGCCAAUGUGGCAUUGUGAGGCUGAUGAUGAUACCCACAUCAAAGAAGAAACAGAAGCUGUUGAUGACAACGAAGAUGAUGACCAAGCCGGCGGCAGUACGGGUGACAAGAAGAAAAAACCACGACGAGAAGCGGCUCAAGCCAAAGCCAAAUUCAUGGAAGGGAUACCCAACGUCAAUCUGGUUACCGAUAUGGAGAUUGUUUCGACGCUAUGCUUGUAAGGAGCCUCGUUACUU